CAUAUUUGGCCGUAUGCAAGACUGUGUUAUUCCUGCAUUUCACCAUGACCGACCUACCUUGCUGAAUAUGCAAAUGAAACUAUUGUAUUUAUUGUUGAUUUUCUCGUUCAGGAUUUUUUGAUACAAUUGUUAUUAGAUGUUUAGCAACAUGUACCAAUCUAUCAAUCAAUGUGGUUAUUUGAUAAAACAGUGUGAUCGACAAGGAUAAAAUAGGGUUACUUUUAUUUACCAUGUUUACUUAAUAUUCGAACUAUAUAAUUGUAAAAACAACUUGUUUAUCGGUGAGUGACACACACUGAUAAAAGUGUGUCCUUGAAUAUAAUAACAAAUUUAUCUGGAAUAACAGAAUAUGUGUGUACUACCCUGAUUUAGUUUCAUACAGAACGAACUGCUAACGACUUUUGCAUUUCUACAGUGCAAUAAUGAUUGGGAAAAUUGCUUCAGUGGUGAUGUUAUUAUCCAUAAUGUUGGCCUUUUACUGGCAAGAAGAUAACGAGGUCCAGGACAUGUUCUUAAUCAAAACAAUGAACAAAACGUAUGACUAUAUCAUUGUUGGAGCAGGAUCGGCGGGUGCUGUAAUUGCUAGUAGACUUUCGGAAGACCCGAAUGUCAAUAUUUUACUCAUUGAAGCUGGUGGAUCGGAACUUGAGUCUGACACCUUUAGAGUUCCAUUAAAAGCAUCGUUUGCACAGAAAACCAAACAUGACUGGGCCUUUUAUACUGUACCUCAAAAGAAUAGUCAAAAAGGGAUGAAUGAACAGCGAAGUUUUUGGCCUCGAGGAAGAGUUCUUGGAGGGACAAGUAAUUUAAACUACAUGGCUUUUGUCCGUGGAAGCAGACAUGACUAUAAUCAGUGGCAGAAGGAAGGCUGUAAAGGGUGGAGCUACAAAGAUGUGUUGCCAUAUUUUCUGAAAAUGGAAGACAUUCAAAUACCUAGUUUAUAUGAUUCCCCUUACCAUUCAAAAGGAGGAUAUUUGACAGUUUCCCAGACUGGGGACACACCACUGCCAGAAUUGUAUAGGAAAGCAUCAGAAGAAUUGGGAUAUAAAACUGUGGAUAAAAAUGGUGAAGACCAAAUAGGAUUUUCAUACAUGCAAUCUUCGGUUAGGAAUGGAGAACGUUGUAGUACUGUGAAGGCCUACUUACGACCAGUUAUGAAUAGACCUAAUUUACAUAUUAGUACAAAUACCAUGGCAACAAAGAUCAUUAUAGAAAAUAAAAAAGCAAAAGGCUUGGAAGUUAUUCAAAACAACAGAAAAAGCCAUGUGUUUGCUGACAAAGAAGUAAUUUUAUCUGGUGGUGCCGUUAACUCCCCUGUUUUACUUAUGUUGUCAGGCGUUGGUCCUAAAGAUCAUUUACAGGAGUUUGGGAUACCGGUUGUCGCAGACCUUCCAGUCGGAAACAACCUACAAGAUCACAUGAUGUUCCAUAUGAAAUACAAUAUCAACUCUAGUAUAUCAAUUAAUACUCAAACAUUCCAGGCGCCAAUACCAAAACUUCAAUAUACACUUUCCAAAACAGGUAUAUACUCUGGUAGUGGAUUGGAAGCUGAUCUAAUGGAUAGAAUACCAAACCGUGAUCCCGCAGAACCUGACUACCCAGACUACCAGAUGACGUUAUUCAGUGUAGCUCAAGACGAGGGAUUUUUAGAUUAUGGACUUGAUAUGAAUAUGAAGCCUGAGGUGACCAAGUUGUUCAAAACAAGAGCCAAAAGUAACGAAUUUUCUUAUGCACUGAUUGGAUUGCAUCCAAAGAGUAGAGGAACUAUUAGACUUCAAAGUACUGACCCAUUUGAUCCUCCAUUGAUAGAUCCACAUUACCUCGAAAAUCCAUAUGAUAUUAAAGUGAUGACUGCAGCAAUACGUAAAACUCAACAGCUGAUGAAUACAAAGGUUUUCAAACAAUUAGGUGGAACAUUAGUCAGACGAGAUUUUCCUGGAAUUUGUGACAAAGUUAACUUUGACACUGACGAAUAUUGGGAAUGUUUAAUCCGUUAUUUUACUGUCACUGUUUAUCAUCCAGUAUCAACAUGUCGUAUGGGAGCAAUAACAGACCCUUCAGCAGUUGUUGAUCCUGAAUUAAGAGUAAAAGGCAUAUUGAAUUUACGCGUAGCUGAUGCAUCUGUGAUGAGACAUUUAACAUCAGGAAAUACAAAUGCACCGUGUAUAAUGAUUGGCGAGAAAGCUGCAGAUUUAAUUCGAGGAAAAGAUACCGUUUACAAUUUCCGAAAACAGAUUUCUAAAUUAAAUUUAUAAUUCAAAGUUACAAGGACUAACUUUUACGGUAUGCUGUAUAUGAUAUAACUCAACUGGUUAAAUUGUUGAUAGCUAUACAUGUUAAUAAUAAUUAAGUUUAACUAGAGACAUUUAUAUGACUUUAAGGUUUAGUUUUAAACAUCAUAUAAUUUUUCUAUAUUUUUUAAUAAACGAGAACGUCCAAUUAGAGCCCUGAUUUGACUAAAAAUUGCAAAUAGUAAAAUGCUAAUGAAUACCA